AUGACCAGUCCAUCUCUUGUUAAAGCACCACAGUCACCAACAGUACCAAACGUAACCGCCACACCAAGGUCGCCUAUCACCACUCAAGAAAAUAAACCAUCUUCAACACCCGCCAGUGUAGCAACCAGUAUACUACCACCAUCACGAACACCAGCCAGUGUAGCUGCCAGUACACUACCACCAUCACGAACACCAACAAUGCAAAACCAGACUGACACACCUAGUCCACCAACACCUCAUCCAUAUUGCCCACCACCAACGACACUGCCGCUGAAAGCCAGUGACCUGACGAGAAAAUCACAAAGCGAGCCAAGGUUCAAAGCCUGGAUAACGCCGCCUGAUACCGACCCAAUGAGUCAGACAUUCCUCAGAAUGCCUUUCACUUAUCAGAGUUUGCAGGUGGAAUGUCACCAUGGCAAUCGACCUCACGUGAAGAGACCCAUGAACGCUUUCAUGGUUUGGGCGAAGAAGAACAGAGCUUCGAUUGCAAAAAGAUUUCCAAAUGCCAGUAAUGCUGAGAUCAGCGUGAGACUGGGUCAUAUUUGGAACGAGCUGCCGAGCAUUGAACAAAAACCUUAUUUUGACGAAGCAAACGAGUUGAAGGAAAGACACAAACAUGAUAAUCCUAAUUGGGUUUACCAGCCACGACCUGGAAAGAAAUGCCGCAAGGCGCUCUUCACUACAGUCACAUCUAAAAGUCAACCUACCUCGCCUGUUGCUCGGAAGAUUAUCGCGAAAGGCCACGAACGACCGGCGUUACCUCCACGAACCGCUCCGAGCUCGCCGAACGUCAAACGACCGCUGUGGCUCGCGAGAAAAUCGGAGUUGUCAGAAGACGAAUUACAGUCGCGUAUUGUGGAGGAUUUACUGGACAACGAGAUACCAGAAGACGUUGGAACAGGGAAUCCGACAAUGGAUAAAUACAUCGAUGAGUGGUUAAGCCCAAAGAGAAGUCGACGAGACAGAAAUGACGUGUGUUUGAUGAAUGACGCAAUGUUACCUGCAGUGAACGACUAUGAACAAGAUAUUUUGGAAGAAGAAACUCGUUGUGAUGGAAAAGAUUUUGAAAAAUACAUCAAACAGUUGAAAAAGGAGCGCAAUAAUUUCACAAAGCUUGAGAAUAAUAUUAGCAAUUUAGAAGAUGAUGAAAAUGAAUGUCAUGGAUAG